UAUUAUCUGCACCUGAGGUGUAAUUUUAAAAUAAAAGGUAUUUUUAAAGCUCAGUCGCGUCAGAGCUUUUAUUUUGCUCCACGCGCUUAUUUCCCGGAAGUGACGCACACGCUGAUUUGUGUUUGUUUUCCUGUCAGUCGCGGCCGUGUUGCGCUUCAAACUGCCAGAAAUCAGCCAGACAGCACAGCCGUCUGUAUCUGUGUCUGUGUGUCUGUCAGAUGGAGCAGCAGGCCAAGCCGUACAUGUUUGCGAGCCUGACGCGUCCUCACUCCGAGCAGCUCCUGCAGGGUCUGCAGCUCCUGCGGCAGGAUCACGAGCUCUGCGACAUCGUGCUGCGGGUCGGAGACGCCAAGAUCCACGCGCACAAAGUGGUGCUGGCCAGCAUCAGCCCGUACUUCAAAGCCAUGUUCACCGGAAACCUGUCCGAGAAAGAGACGUCCGAGGUGGAGUUCCAGUGCGUCGAUGAAGCCGCUCUCAAGGCUAUAGUGGAGUACGCCUACACAGGAACCGUCUUCAUCUCACAGGAAACAGUGGAGACUCUACUUCCUGCCGCCAACCUGCUGCAGGUCAAGCUGGUUCUGAAGGAGUGCUGCAGCUUCCUGGAGAGUCAGCUGGACGCGGGGAACUGCAUCGGCAUCUCGCGCUUCGCCGAGACCUACGGCUGCCACGAGCUGUGUUUAUCCGCCUCUAAAUUCAUCUGCCAGCACUUCGAGGAGGUGUGCCAGACGGAGGAGUUCCUGGAGCUGACGCGAGCCGAGCUGGAUGAGAUCGUGUCCAACGACUGUCUGAACGUGCUGACGGAAGAGAGCGUGUUCUACGCGCUGGAGUCCUGGAUCAAGUACGAUCUGACGGAGCGGCAGCAGUAUCUGGCGCAGCUCCUGCACUGUGUGCGGCUACCGCUGCUGAGCGUCAAGUUCCUGACGCGGCUCUACGAGGCUAAUCACCUGAUCCGAGACGACCACGCCUGCAAACACCUGCUCAACGAGGCGCUCAAGUACCACUUCAUGCCCGAGCACCGGCUCUCCUACCAGACGGUGCUGUCCACACGGCCGCGCUGCGCUCCUAAAGUCCUGCUCGCCGUCGGAGGAAAGGCCGGGCUCUUCGCCACGCUGGAGAGGUGAUGAUUAUACUUCACUAACACUCAAAACAUCUCCCAACUUUC